AUGGAAGGUAUGACAAGGGGGGAUUUUCAGGGUGACAAGGGGAUUUCAGGAGGUAUGACAAGGGGCGUGACAACGAGGACCUUCGCGGUGUGGCAUGCCGUCGGUUGUGAUGCGGGGAAAACAGUGUGGCGAACGAGUGAAGGGCGCGGUAAUCGCCCUCCUUCGGCGCCCACGGCACAAGCACACCCCGUGUCCACCCGCCCGCCCCCAGUGCCCACGCACAGACAGCCUGUGUCCACGCCGCCCGCCCGUGCCACGCCCACGCCCCUGUGUCGCAACAGCCGCCCGCCCCGCGCCCCACGCCGCCCGUUCCCUUGCCCAUACUGCCCACGCCUUUGUACCCACACCGCCCACCCUUGUGCCCACGCCGCCCGCCCCUGUGCCCACGCCGCCCGUUUCCUUGCCCACACCGCCUACCCCUGUGCCCACCGCCGCCCGUAUCCCUGCCCAUACCGCCCACAUUGUAGCACACCGGCCACCCUUGUACCCACGCCGCCCGCCCCUGUGCCACGCCACCCCGUUCCCUUGCCACCACCGCCCACCCUUGUGCCCACGCCGCCCCGCCUCUGUGCCCACGCCGCCCGUUCCCUUGCCCACACGCCCACCCUGUGCCCACCCGCCACCCUUGUACCCACGCCGCCCCCCUUGUACCCACGCCGCCCACCCCUGUGCCCACGCCGCCCCACACACCCGACCCUGGCGACCCGCGGCGGCUAA